AUGAACCAGCUCGGCGAGUCAGAUGUUAUCGUCAAUACAGUUUUCCUUGCUCUUGCCACUGUUUUUGUGGCUGCGCGAUUCAUAUCUCGCAUGUACAUUGUUUAUCGGGUAUCCGUGUCAGACUAUGCGAUGCUGAUCGGCUGGGUCCUUGUCUCUGGCCUCUCAGCUGCCAAUAUUUAUGCCACCACGAAAGGCCUCGGACUACGUGAGGGGGUCCUUGAAAGCUGGAGGGAUCCACUGGCUCGGGCCGAGUACGUUUUUGGUGUGCUCUAUUAUCCCGCUCUGGCGGCCAUCAAGUUAUCGAUCCUCCUGUUUUACCUGAUGCUGAUAAAAGAGGAGUUCGUCUUCCGUCUUGCAACCUACAUCACUCUCUGGGUAGUCCUACUGGCGGGGUUUGCUUUGACAUUGGUCAAUCUUUUCCCUUGUCGUCCUCUCUCUGCUUCUUUUCAGAUUACAACGCCUCCAGGAACAUAUUGUAUCGACAUUGUCGCCCUCUAUAUUUCCACGGCUACCAUUGAUAUCAUCACUGAUGUUGCUAUUGUCUCUCUUCCAAUGCCGGUCCUAUGGCGCGUACGACUCCCGCGAAGGCAGAAGGUUAUUCUGCUGCUUACCUUCGGAACGGGCGUGUUUGUGAUUGUGAUCAGCGUCCUGCGCACGGAAUUUCUCUUACAGAAAGCAAUCCAACGGGCGACCAAAGCCCAACCGCCCAGUGUCCACGAUCUGUCCUAUUAUGAUGCAUAUGUCUUUUUAUGGUCAGCUCUUGAACUGACCCUCGGGAUCAUGUGUGGCUGCGUACCGAUGCUAAAGCCUCUCAUCGGCCGUCUUCUUCCGCGGCUUCUCUACUCUUCCAGCCUUGCCAGUCAACGGACGGAGCAUGAGCCAUUCGCCUUGUCGGAAGAUGCUGCUCCACCGAGCCCAAGGGAAAGCACCCCAGCUAUACCACUUUCCUCUAUGGACCAAAUACCUCAUCAGCAAGCUUUCCUAUCGACGUCUGGAGGGGGACCAGUCAGUCCACCCCCAGAAUUUGUCCGAAUAGCCGGAUCGAAGAACAUUCUAGCCAUGAGUGGACGAGAAUCCAUGAUGCCACUUGCCGCGAUCUUCACCAUUUUCUUGCUGUGGGGGUUCGCUUACGGCAUUAUUAUUACGUUCUACUGGGAACUUUCGCAAGCUAGCCAUCGUAGCCAAGAUGUGAGCUUUGCCUUGCACGCGACUUUUUUCGGAGCCUAUCUUUUCGGGCCCAUUCUCGUAGCAAAACCUAGUUUGCAAAGAUGGGGCUUCAAAAUCACCGUCGUCGCCGGCCUUUCCAUCUUCGGGUGCGGAAUGCUAUUAUUUUGGCCGGCUACGGUGCUUGUCUCACUCCCAGAGCUCUUCAUUGCUAGCUUCGUUGCUGGGCUGGGAAUCUCUGUUCUCGAAACGUCUGUGGAUCUCUUCGUUGCACUCUGUGGGCCACAGGGUCAAGGCGGAAUACGACUGAGCAUCGCCCGAGGUAUCCAAGCUGUCGGUUGGGCAGUAUCACCUAUAUUUGCUCAGCAGGUGCUCUUCAAGCAUACAACUAGUGCAUCGGCAUUGGUCACUGUUCAGUGGAUAUUUCUUGUCCACGCGAUAGUGCCACUGAUGCUGGUGGUUAUGUUCAGUCUCCUGCCGCUUCCCGAGGUGUCUGACGAAGAGCUUAAUGAACUUGCUGAGCAAUGUCAACAAGACAUCGCACCGUUCGUGUGCGGGGUUCAUGUCGCCUGGAUAACUUUGGUCCUAGCAUUCCUGGCGCAAUUCUGCACCAUUGGUAGUCAGGAAGCCUCUCAUACAAAUUUCAAGUCCCUUGUUAUAUUCAACGUACCAUACCCUCAUCCGCCAGUCUACGGCUUUACCGCUAUCAGAUGUUCCGCAUUUGCCGCUGGUUGUUUUGUAACCGCACUGGGACUUUGCUUCGUCAAGCCGCGCCAGGUUCUGCUGAUCCUGUAUCUGUGCGCUAUCAUUUUUUCUGUCCUCACCAUGAUGAUAGAAGGCUACUCAGGCAUCGUGAUGGCUAUCGUCGUUUCAUUCUUCAGCGCUGGCAUUUUCCCUAUUACCUUUGUGAUCGGUAUCCACGGCAUGGGGCGACAUACGAAGAGUGCAGCAGCAAUUUUGACUACAGCAGCCACUGGCGGCGCGCUGUUUCCAUCCAUUCAAAAUAUUAUAUCUGUGUCACACGGGUACCGAUAUGGUUUCUGCAUUGAGGUCGCGCUUUUCUCCGCUGGUUCGCUCUUUUCAUGCUAUCUAAAUUUCGUUCCGGCUGCUCGGAAACAGGCUGCUACCGCCACCCAUAACCUCGACAGGGGAUGA